UCAGCUUUGCAGUCAUCUCCCACAGCUGAGACACAUCCAGACGACUCGGACGACUGGUAUCGUGGUCUUUUGAGCCAAGUGUGAGAGGCCGUCAUGUUGUCGGCGUUUCGCGCGCAGCCCAUCUAUGAGCUCAAACAGCAAGACAAGGCCAAGAUCGAGUCGGUGUUAGCUUAUGGCGACCGACUUCUUGUAGGCCUCAGUACAGGUACCCUCCGUAUAUACCGCGUCAACGAAGUCCCCGAAUCAGGUCAGGAUGCGACUCCCACAAAGGCGCGCGCUGUCGAUCUGGUGCGUGAGGAAGAGAAGUUCUCAAGAAGAGCAAUCCAACAGUUGGCCAUAAUCAAGGAAGCGAACAUCUUGGUGUCCUUGUCGGACGGCCAUGUCUCUAUCCACGACCUUCAAACCUUCCAAUUGCAGGAGAGGCUGGACAAAACGAAGGGCGCAACUGCUUUCGCCGUCACCUCCAAUGUCAUAAAAGAUGCCGUCACAGACAUCCCAUCUCUAGUCUCUCGCUUGGCCGUUGCUGUGAAACGGCGCAUUCUGUGGUGGAGUUGGCAAGACAUGGAGUUGUCCCCUGAAGUGCAAGAGAUUACUUUACCACACUCCCCAAAGUCGCUGUUAUGGGCUACUGGUACCAAGAUGCUGGUCGGUCUAGAUCCUGGCUUCUCCAUCAUCGACAUCGACACUCUGGCUGUUGCAGAUGUCAUUAGACAGACACCGACUGGCAAUGUCAGGUUUGGUGCUGUCAGCUCGUCAGGCAUGGGAUACAUGGGCAUGGGAAGCUGGGUGCCCAAGCCCAUGGCAACAAAUCUCACAAACAACAAGAUGCUCAUCGCGAAAGACGUCAACACUUUGUUCAUCGACACAGAUGCGAAGCCUGCUGACAAACGUCAAAUUCCUUGGGCCUUUGCUCCUGAAGCUCUUGGCUACUCAUAUCCCUACCUGCUGUCGUUGCAACAAACUGCAAAGGGAGCUCUAGACGUACGGAGUCCCGAUACCCUGAACCUCCUGCAAACCAUCCCUCUGCCUGGUGCUUCCAUCCUCCAUGUUCCGCAGCCCAAUAUCAGUCUGGCACACGCUGGAAAGGGCUUCCUUGUUGCUAGUGACAGAUGUAUCUGGCGUAUGGUAGCUCUCAACUAUGAAGCCCAGGUCAGCCAGCUUGUGGCAAAGACUAAAUACGAUGAAGCCAUCAGUCUCCUCAACAUGCUGGAGGAUACACUACUCAAGGAUAAGCAGGGGUCGAUCAGAGAGAUUAGUAUGAUCAAAGCUCAGAACCUGUUCUCCCAGCAAAAGUACAGACCGGCCUUGGAUCUCUUCACCGAUGUUUCUGCUCCACCAAAGCGUGUCGUAUCCUUGUAUCCAAAAUCUAUCGCUGGAGAUCUCUCAACCGUCGAAGAACAUGCGGAGCUUACAGAAUCUGAAGAGCCAUCUGGCGAAACGAGUGCUGCAGAAGAAAUUUCAUCACAGCCCGACGAUCAAAUUAAGACUACGCAAACUCCAACAAAGUCCGUGCUGGGCAAGUUCAGACCAUCGGCACCCAAGGAUGAUGCUGAUACUGCAUCAAUCCGGUCUUUCCGUACCACAAGCGAGGCACCCCGAGAGAAGCCAGCAAGGGACCCGCCAUUGACUGGUUCUGACCUGAAAGCUGCUGUUAUGGCAUUGUGCUCCUACCUUGCUCAAUCUCGUGUUCAAGUGCAAAAAUACAUGAACACUGACGGCACGCUCAAAACGGAGUUGACGGAGGGUUCCAUACCACCAUUCAGCAAUCUUAUUGAGCUUUCUGAAGGUGCAGACAAGGUUGACUGGCAAGCCGAGUUGCUCGAAGUAGCGAAGUUGGUUGACACAACUCUCUUCCGAGCCUAUAUGCUCGCUCUGCCUUCGCUUGCAGGACCGCUCUUCCGCCUUGACAACUUCUGCGAUCCGCAUGUUGUCGAAGAAAAGCUCUACGAAAGUGGAAGAUACAACGAUCUUAUCGACUUCCUCUACGGCAAAAAGUUGCAUCGUGAAGCUUUGGAACUACUUGAGAAGUUUGGCCGCAACGAGGCAGCCGAAGAAGUCAUGCCUGCAUUAAGGGGUCCGGACAGAACGAUCGGCUACCUGCAAAACCUGCCCGCCGAGCUCAUCGACAUCAUUUUGGAGUUCUCAGAAUGGCCCAUCAAGGUCAAUGCCAAAAAGGGCAUGGAAAUCUUCGUUGCCGAUACCAGGAACGCUGAAAACCUUCCGAAAGACAAAGUUUUGAAGUUCUUGAUCCCAUUAGACAAAUCGCUUGCAGUGCAAUAUCUGGAACACGUCAUCCUCGAGCUUAACGACCGAACACCGGAGUUCCAUCAAAAGCUUGUAGACCUGUAUCUCGAGAAGCUGCGAGAUACAACAGGCAGUAGCGAUGAAGAGCGCGAUCAGGCUCGAACAAAGCUUGAAGAGUUCUUGCGUAAUAGCACACAAUACCACAAGCUCAAGACAUUCAACCAGCUACCUGCUGAUGAUCCAGACGUCUUCGAAGCCCGUGCGAUCGUACUCUGUGCGAUGGGAAACCACAAACAAGCUCUUCAAAUCUACGUCUUCCAAAUCCGCGAUCACGAAAAAGCAGAAGAAUACUGCAACAAAAUCUACCUCUCCUCCUCAACGUCUUCUCCUGCAGUCGGCUCAAAUCCCAACACCGGCAGCCAAAGCUACGAAAAGAGCAGUAUGGCUAUCGAUCCUGAAGACCAACAACCAAACGUCUACACCACCUUGCUCUCACUCUACCUCAAACCUCCCGGUCAGGAGAAAGUGCAAUGGGAGCCCGCACUAGACCUACUCUCCAAACACGGUCCUAGGUUGCCUGCAGCAAACACACUCGACCUCAUGCCUAGCGACCUCCACGUCAGCGAGUUAUCCUCCUACUUCCUCGGCCGCAUUCGCAGCGCCAACACCGUAGUCCGCGAAGAACGUAUCCUCAAGACCCUGCUCUCAUUACAUCAAACUUCUUUAUCUGAGGAUCUUUCGCUAGGCCCAGAGUACACCCGCCUCACCACUCAUAAAGGCGGUAGAAGUAGACGGGUUGUGAUUAAAGAGGAAGAUCAUUGUAGGGUCUGUCACAAGAGGUUUGGCAAUUCGGCGGUUAGGGUAUACCCGGACAACGAGGUCAUCCAUUAUGGAUGCGUGGGAAGGAGUGGGGUACAGAGGAUGAAGACGGGACACGGACAGGGAUUACAGGCGCUAAGGCAGUUGCCUUGGGGUUGAGGAUUAUAAUGGUAUACCA